AUGAGUUAUUAUAUCACAAAAGCAGAGUUCAAAGUCCCACUAUCCAAAUUCGAUCAUGAUACAAGAGCUAUAAAAUUAGAGAAUGGAUUAGACUGUAUACUAAUUACAGAUCCCAAUGCGAAAUCAACGGGUGUUUCUUUAUCGGUGAAUAGUGGCUCAAAUAAUGAUGGGGGAGUAGAAGGAUUGGCUCAUUUGAUGGAACAUAUAAUCUUUACUAAUUCAAAAGAUUUUCCACGACCAUACGCAUUGAUACAAAAUGUUAGAAGAACUGGAGGAGAAGUGAAUGCAUUUACUACUUUCAAUCAAACAGUAUUCUAUUUGGAAGUGCCUAACACUUCCAAGUCUGCAUCGGAGAUAAAUCCUGAAAUUAUCAGUGAUAAACCAAUUUUGAGCUAUUUAUUAGAGGUGUUUGCUAGCAAUUUAAAAAGACCAAGUUUCAAUAAUGAUUUGAUUAUUAGUGAAAUACGUGAUAUCAAUGAGGAGCAUUCAAUGAAUGUUUCUUCUAUAUCUAAAAGGUUCUAUCAUUGCCUCAAGCUAAUAUCAGACUCCACAUUUAAAAGCUUUGCUACUGGUAGUAUGGAAACUCUAAAUUUAAAGUGUAAGAAGCAAUUGAUACAAUACCAUAAAGACAACUUUAUCGGUUCAAACAUGAAGUUGAUAAUGAAGGGACCACAAUCUUGCAAUACCUUACAGAAGCUAGUAAUUAGCUGUUUCCAAGGUAUCAAUAAAGGAAAUUCAAGAACAAUUAACCUUCCCGGUAUAUUUAGCCUGAAAUCUAGGAAGCAAUUGUUGUAUGUCAAUGACGGUGCCAACAUGAUGAGAAUUGUGUUCCCUAUCAACAAUUUAAAUGACAACAGAAUUCAGAUAACCAAAUUAUGGAUUGAAUUAUUCGGUAAUGAAGAACAAAAUUCAUUGUGUGAUAUUUUAUAUCAGAUGAACUUGGCCAGUGAUGUAUUAGUUUUUGAUCAGUUCAUUGAUUUCAAUAAUUUAGUAAUUAUUAUAGAACUCAAACUCACUAAACUGGGGAAACAUCGUGUUACUUUCAUUUUAUUUUGUAUCACUUACUUUAUUCUGUUAGUUACUGAAGUGUCUUAUCAUCAACUUCAACGGUAUAUCGAUGAUUUCCUAGAAUCAGAGAAUUUGAGGUUUAUCUAUAAAGAAUCUGACAACGGGUUGAUGAAUGAAAUCACAAACCUUACAGAACUCAUGAAUGUAGUUCAGUAUGAACAUUUAUUUUUCGGUUAUAGACCUAUGAGAUUGGCUUCUAAACUUUUUAUUUCCGAAAGUAAGAGAAUAUUUCAUAUCGAUAAUUUGAAGAUAAUACUUUUCAGUGAUAUAUCUACCAACGACUUCCCAUCGAUAGUUUUGAAUACUUAUGACAAAAAUUACGACAUUAAAUACCUGAUUUUUGAAAUUGAUACUUUAAAUGCGUCAUCAGAAGACCAUAGAAUUCUUAAACAAUGGCUAAAAUUUCCCAAGAGAAACAAAUUUCUUCAAAUUUCUGGGGCUUACAUUCCAAUCCCUUCAAUUUCAGAACCUACCCUCAAUUAUCAUAUUAAAUAUGAAGUUGAUAAAAGGCCCUAUCUAAUUGAACAUUCUCCUGAAUUUGAAUUAUGGUUUGAUAGAGGAUCAAAUUAUAAUCAUAGAAUAUUUACAAGCUUCGAAAUGUUAACCAUUAAAUCGUUUCCAAACUGUAUGGACUUUUUUGCAUUGGAACUAAUAGCAGAAAUCUUAGGAGAUGAUUUCAAGGUAAAGCUUUAUUCUGCAGAAAGGAUUGAUUUUUCAUGGUCUAUAUUCACAGCUUUGAAUAGUAGUAAUUCCUUAACUUUCAACUUGAAUGGAUUAGCAAUGAAUUAUUCCAAAGUUCUUGUCGAGUUCAUAGAAAUUAUCAAACAAGGAUUAAGUAUACUUCUGACCAUUACAUACUCAAAGUUUGUAAAAGCAAGAGUAAGGAUAAGGAAGAAAUAUGAAGAUUUGGAAAAUGAAGAGUCAUUAGCUCAAUCUGUAGGGAUUUUGUAUUGCUUGAUAGACAAGAAUGUAUACUCUCCAUUUGAAGUACUUGAAACAAUUGAACUCAUUGAGUUGGAUGAUGUUUUGCUGGUAAAUAACAAAUUAAAUAACUGUUAUACAAGUAUACUUAUCAAUGGAGAUUGUGAUUUAGAGACAGCUUAUGAAAUAUCAUCCACCAUAAGUAGAUUGACAAAACAUUUACAUCAAGGGAAACUACAUGAGCCUCCCACAUUUCUUGGAAGUUAUAACCCAUUUGUAGGUAAAGUGAGAUAUGAGUAUUCUUCACAACAGAAACAUUGUCUAUUCUAUAUAAAUCUCGGACCCAGAGAAAGUAUUUAUAUCAGAACAAUUAGCAAAUUGGUAGAAUUCAUAAUGAGUCUACAUGUUCACAAAUUAAGAUACCCCCGGAAAUUGGGUUAUAAGAUUGGAAGUAGUUUAAGAAUUUUCAGGAAAGUUAUAGGAGUAUUCAUUUUCAUUGAAAGUAACGAAUACAAUUUCCCAACUUUGGAUUCCAAUAUUGAAGAUUUGCUCCAUGAGAUUGAAGUUUAUGUGGAUGGUUUGAAUGAAUCCGAAUUCUUUGAAGAAGUCCUUUUACCAUGCAUCAAUGCCAUAGGAUUUACCAGUGUUUCACAUUCAUCACCUAGCAUCGUGUUUGAUAUGCCUCCCAGUAGAUCAAGCACUAACUUUGAUCUGGUGAGUGGGAAUUACUUUGAACAUAAAGGUAUUUGGGAAAAGAUUAUCAACAGGAUUUAUAGAUUUGAAGGCAAGAACGGUAAUGAGAGAAUUGAUAUAAACCUUCUUAGAUCAAUUUCAAGGUCUGAGUUUCUCAGGUUCUUUGAAAAUAAGAUAUCUCCUGAUUCUGAAUCUCGAAGUAUCAUCCUGAUUACCAAUGAAGUCAAUAAAGAACAAUUAAUGGAAGAAUUAGAGAUUUAUCUUACAAGUAAAAAGAUAGUAAUUAGCGGUCAACGAAGAAAUCAAUUAUUAGAAUUGAAAGACAUUGAUUUAAUCAAAAAAGAACUACGAAUUCAAAGAUUUUCAAAUCCUAAAAAGUUGAAUCAUUUAUAUCCACCAGCACAAAAAGAAAAACUAUUGAAGGAAAUUGAAGAUUACCAUGAAUAUUGCGACCCGAUACCAAUGGAUCAACAUCUUAGAGCAUUAGAACCAUUUAAAGAUAAUUAUUAA